AAAAAAGCAGAGAGGCUUUAAAGUGGGACUUUCAGAUCAGGUGCAGGUUAAACAUGCCACACUUCUUGUAGAAGCCUGAGUUCAGGCGGUCAUUUCAAAGGAAGUAUUUAUCAACAGUGAUCACAGACAUUCCCAUCACAACCACUGUUCAAUUAUGGACCAAACUCAGCAUUCAAGCAAAGCUGCAGAGGCCCAAACUUUAAGACCAGAGAAGACAAGGUGCUGCGAUGGAUUCAGGAUAUUUUUGGCAGCCCUUUCAUUCAGCUAUAUAUGCAAGGCGCUAGGUGGAGUCGUUAUGAAAAGUUCCAUCACUCAAAUAGAAAGAAGAUUUGACAUACCAUCUUCCGUUUCCGGUUUGAUUGAUGGAGGCUUUGAAAUUGGGAAUUUGUUAGUUAUUGUAUUUGUGAGUUACUUUGGAUCUAAACUACACCGACCAAAGCUGAUUGGAGUUGGUUGUUUCAUCAUGGGAAUUGGGAGUAUUCUGACUGCCUUGCCACAUUUCUUCAUGGGAUAUUACAGGUAUGCAACAGAAAAUGACAUCAGUUCUCUACACAACUCCACGUUGACCUGUUUAGUCAAUCAAACUACAUCACUCACUGGAACCUCACCUGAGAUAACGGAGAAAGGUUGUGAAAAGGGGUCCAAGUCAUACACAUGGAUUUAUGUCUUGAUGGGGAACAUGCUUCGUGGGAUAGGGGAAACCCCAAUAGUGCCCCUAGGAGUUUCCUACAUUGAUGACUUUGCAAAAGAAGGAACUUCUUCCAUGUACUUAGGUACUCUGCAUACUAUAGCAAUGAUCGGACCAAUCCUUGGCUUUAUCAUGUCAUCUGUGUUUGCUAAGCUAUAUGUAGACGUUGGAUAUGUAGACCUGAGAACUGUCCGGAUAACUCCUCAGGAUGCUCGUUGGGUUGGUGCCUGGUGGCUCAGCUUCAUUGUGAAUGGACUACUAUGCAUCAUUUGUUCUAUACCCUUCUUUUUUCUACCCAAAAUUCCAAAGAGAUCACAGAAGGAAAGGAAAAAUUCAGCAUCUCUUCAUGUACUCAAAACAGAUGAAGACAAGAAUCUCAUGACUAAUCCAACAACACAAGAGAAACAAGCUCCUGCCAACCUGACUGGUUUUCUAUGGUCUCUGAAAAGCAUCCUUACCAAUGACCUAUAUGUUAUAUUCUUGAUACUGACGUUGCUACAAAUAAGCACCUUCAUUGGAUCCUUUACUUACGUGUUCAAGUUUAUAGAGCAGCAGUUUGGCCAGACAGCAUCGCAGGCCAACUUUCUGUUAGGAGUUAUAACAUUACCCACUAUGGCAAGUGGAAUGUUUUUAGGAGGAUAUAUCAUUAAAAGAUUAAGAUUAACCCUGCUUGGAAUCAUUAAGUUUCUGUUUUUCACCACAUCAAUAGCCUAUGUGUUCCAGCUGUUAUAUUUUCUUCUAAUCUGUGAAAACAAGGCAUUUGCUGGCCUAACCUUGACCUAUGAUGGAAUGAACCCAGUGGACUCUCACAUAGAUGUACCACUUUCUUAUUGCAACUCGGACUGCAUUUGUGAUAAAAAUCAAUGGGAACCUGUCUGUGGGGAAAAUGGAGUGACUUACAUUUCACCUUGUCUGGCAGGAUGCAAAUCAUUUCGUGGUGAUAAGAAACUGACUAAUACAGAAUUCUAUGACUGCAGUUGUGUCAGCGGCUCUGGUUUCCAGAAGGGAAACUAUUCAGCACGUUUGGGUGAAUGCCCAAGAGACAAAUGCAAAAACAAAUAUUACUUUUAUAUAACUUUUCAACUGUUUACAUCUUUUUUCACUGCACUGGGAAGCACUUCUCUUAUGUUGGUUCUGAUGAAGAGUGUCCAACCUGAGUUGAAAUCACUUGGAAUGGGAUUCCAUUCACUGAUUAUACGAACACUAGGAGGGAUUCUAGCUCCAGUCUAUUAUGGGGCAUUAAUUGACAGAACAUGUAUAAAGUGGUCCGUAACCAGCUGUGGAGCACGUGGAGCAUGCAGGCUAUAUAACUCGAGAUUAUUUGGAGUGACCUACGUGGGUUUGAAUGUAGCUUUAAAGACUCCAGCACUUCUUUUAUAUGUUGCAUUAAUUUAUGUUAUAAAGAGAAAAAUGAAAAGAAAUGAUAACAAGAUAUUAGAAAAUGGAAAAAAAUUCACAGAUGAAGGAAACCCAGAAUCUGUAAAUAAUAAUGGAUACUCUUGUGUACCUUCUGAUGAAAAAAGCAGUGAAACACCUCUUUAAGGGAAGAGAAAGACACAUCUGUUGCUGUGUUUUCAAACAACCCUGGUUCUUUCACUGAGGAAUUUCUCAUGUUACAUAUGAUGGAGAAUCUGUAAUCCUAUGCAUUUAUAGUGAAACAAACUAGAAAUCAAAAGAAAUAAGAGCGCCCUUGUUAGGGCAUAGCUGUGCAUUUGAAGAUGUAUGGGUUGCAAAGACUGAAUGUAAUGAAUGAAGUUGGUUAGGUUACAAUAGAAAAACAAGUAUGCACGUAAGUGUUUAUAACUCAAGUAAAAUCAAUAAGGAGGCUAGAAUGGACAAAGGGGAAAGGAAUGUGAAAAUUGGUGACUUUAAAUUAGUGUCUUCAAAAGUCAAAAUUUGCAUGGUGUUAUUCUCACCUGAAAUCUCUGCAAUGGAGGGCUUCAUGAUGUGGCAUCUUUUGGUAUCCAUGUUAAGUCAUAUAUUUUGCAUAAUGAUUAAUUUGAAAUUGUGUUUAAUGACACAUGCAUCUUCUUUGCACAUGUUGUACCAAACAUUGAGAAUAAAAAAAAAAUAUCAGGGCACAGUCACAAUCAAAAGCAAUAAUUAAACACCAACUGUACAAUGUCUGGGA